AUUAUUAAUAUUAUUAAUAUUGGUAUUUAAAUUGGCCUGCCCCCGUGUUUGGGGUCUUUGGGCUUUAAACCUCAUACUUAUUCUCAUUGUUAAUAUUAAUAUUUUAAUUUAUCCCCCCAGUUUGGGGCCUUUAGGACUGAUUGCACAUCCUAAUUACUCUGCCUCGUUGCCAUGGGUUUUUCCUGAGGCGAAUUAUUAUUUUUACUAAGAAUACAAAUCGUUCUGAGUCACUGGCUGCUCCUUAGCCUUAUUAUUAGCGAUAAUAAUAACAUUGGUUGGCUUUGGCCCUCCUUCUUAGGCUUAUUAUUAUUCAUAUUGCUAUCAAUAUUGGUCUGCUUCCCAAGCUGUUUGCUUUGGGCUGUUUUUUAGGCAUAGUAUUAGUAUUCUAAAUCAGUCCUGCUUCUCUUAUCAGUUGGCUUUGGACUAUUUCUUGGUCUUAUUAUUAUUAGUAUUAGUAUUCUCAAUCAAUUCUGCUUCACUAGCUGUUGGCUUUGAGCUGUCACUUAGGCUUAUUAGUAUUAGUAUUCUAAAUAAAUUCUGCUUUUCUAGCUGUUGGCUUUGGACUGUUUAUUGGGCUUAUUAUUAUUAUUAGUAUUCUAAAUAAAUACUGUUUCCCCAGCUGUUGGCUUUGGGCUUUCUCUUAGGGUUGUUAUUAUUAUUAUAAGUAUUCUAAACCAAUUCUGCUUCUCUAUCAGUUGGCUUUGGACUGUUUCUUGGGAUUAUUAUUAUUAGUAGUAGUAAUAUUAGUAUUAUAAAUACAUUCUGCUUCCUUAGCUGUUGGAUUUGGGCUGUUUCUUGGGCUUAUUAUCAGUAUUACUAGUAUUAUUAUUAGUAGUGGUGGUAUUAUAAAUCAGUUCUGCUCCCCUAGCUGUUGACUUUGGGCUACCCCUAAAGAGUAUUGUUGAUACGGUUAUUGGUAAUUUCUUCUCCCUUGGCAAUUGAGUGCUCCUUAAGCUUAUUAUUGUUCAUAGUACUAUCGAUAGAUACAUUCUGCUCCCUUUUGGCUCUUUCUGAGGGUUAUUAUAAUAAUUAUUAUUAAUAACAUAGAUAAAUUGGUCUCCUCCCUUGGCACUUGGUUUUGGUGUCCUCAGGUUUAUUAUUGUUAUACAUAUCUGUUCUGUUCCCCUAUCUGUUGGUUUUGGGCUGCUUCUUAAGAGUUACUAUUAUUAUUAACGUUAUUGUAUAUCAAUCCUGCUUUCCUGGCUGUUGGCUUUGGGCUACGUAUUCUUAUUGAUAUUAUUAUAGAUACGUUGAUCCACUCCCGUAGCUGGGCUGUUCCUCAGGCCUUCUCUCUCUACAUUCCUAUAUGAAGUAAGUACCGAUUUGCCUUUCUUUUUCCAGCCGUGCCUUGUCUUUUUGGAGUGAAACUAGCUCCCUUUUCACCUAAACACAGGGAGAAUAGUGUCUGACUUUUUUUGCCAUUUAUUUGUGUGGUGGGAGAAAACUUCCCACUAUUUUUGGCCUCUCUUUCUGUCUCAUAACUCAAAACACUUGCCUUUCUUACUCUCUUUCCUUCUACAUUUUUGAGGCAGGAAGAGGAGGCAGCUGUCCUGAGUUUGGCUUUAACCCUCUAUCUCUCCGAUCCAAGAGCUGGACUCUGCCCUGAUCCUUUUCCUUCCUUCCCCCAAACUCUCAGAGUAGCCUUGUCCCUUUGUUUCUACUCUUCUGGAUCCAAAUCUGUGGUUCACCUGCUUUCUUCUUGAUCUCACAAUCCCUGUGGACUGAUUUGGGGAUCCGUCGGAAGCCAUCAUGUCUGUGGCAGGACUGAAGAAGCAGUUCUACAAAGCCAGCCAGCUGGUCAGCGAAAAGGUUGGAGGAGCCGAAGGGACCAAGUUAGACGAUGACUUCAAGGAGAUGGAAAAGAAAGUGGACCUCACCAGCAAAGCUGUGGUCGAAGUUUUGGCGCGGACGACAGAAUACCUCCAACCCAAUCCCGCCUCUCGCGCCAAGCUGACGAUGUUGAACACUGUCUCCAAGAUCCGGGGGCAGGUGAAGAACCCGGGCUACCCACAGUCUGAAGGCCUCCUCGGCGAGUCCAUGAUCCGGUACGGCAAAGAGCUGGGCGACGAGUCCAACUUCGGAGAUGCACUGCUGGACGCGGGUGAAUCCAUGAAGCGCUUGGCCGAAGUGAAGGACUCCCUUGACAUCGAGGUCAAGCAGAACUUCAUUGACCCCUUGCAAAACCUGUGCGACAAGGACUUGAAGGAGAUCCAGCACCACCUAAAGAAGCUGGAAGGCAGGCGCUUAGAUUUUGACUACAAAAAGAAGCGGCAGGGGAAGAUCCCAGACGAAGAGCUCCGGCAAGCCCUGGAGAAGUUCGAAGAGUCCAAAGAAGUGGCAGAGACAAGUAUGCACAACCUCCUAGAGACAGACAUUGAGCAGGUCAGCCAGCUGUCGGCUUUGGUGGACGCGCAGCUCGAUUACCACCGGCAAGCCGUACAGAUCCUUGAUGAGCUUGCGGACAAACUCAAGCGCAGGGUGCGGGAAGCGUCCUCACGCCCCAAGCGUGAAUACAAGCCAAAGCCCAGGGAAACCUACGAAUUUGGGGAGAGUGACCAAUCGAAUGGUGGCUUCUCCUGCAACCCGGCCCCCAAAGUCUCAGCUUCUUCCUCUUUCCGAUCCGAAAAGCCAUCCCGGACCCCCAGCCGGACGUUUUCUCCCCUGGACCAGCCGUGCUGCAAGGCGCUGUAUGACUUCGAGCCAGAGAACGACGGGGAGUUAGGCUUCAAGGAAGGCGAUAUCAUCACGCUCACCAAUCAGAUUGACGAGAACUGGUACGAGGGCAUGAUCAAUGGCCAGUCGGGCUUCUUCCCGCUCAACUACGUGGAGGUGCUGGUCCCACUGCCCCAAUGAACGGCUCCACUCCCUCCCGACACCCGCUUUCUCUCUCCUCUUCUUCCCAUCUCUCGCUCUGAAAACCCACUUCUUCCCUCCUUUCCCCAUUCCCCUCUUUUACAUUCCAUGGGACAGACCUGACACUAAUUCCACCUUGCUGGGGACCGCUAUUCAACAUCAUGUGACCCAGCAAUAGGUGGAGCAAAGCACAAAAGCGAGGUUUGGACUGACACCUCAGACCCCCCAUAAGGCGUAAACUCAUUCUGUCGUCUCUCUGUUUGGUUUCGGAACACAUGGCACUUAUCAUUUGUGUGUUUUCUGCUUUGGAUUUUCCCCCGUCCCACCGACAAAGUGUUUAGCGUGUCUCCUUUUGCCCCCCAAAGAAAUCAAGGUGCACAAAGUCGCACAUUGCUUUCCAAAACCCAAGCCCUUCAAAUCAUUCGCACUCUGGAUCCCUGAGGCUUCUGGGAGCUGGUGAUGUCGGGAGGACUAGAGCCUGGGAACCCAAGUUAUCAAUUAUACGAGGUGUUUCAUUCCUGCUUGUUAAGGGAGGCCUGUCAGAGACUUGAAACUGCUCAGCUAGCAUUGUUGCCCCAUCUAACUUCCUCUGAAAACACUACGAGACAGGCUUCUCUCUCGGCAUCUUGAAAAACAUCUUCCUUAAAAUCGGAGCGGUCUUGAUCCAAUUUCAAGGAGAGCUGGGCACACAUAACACUUCAGCCUAUAUCUAGGGGGUCGCAGGGUUUUCCUUCUUGCUGUCAAGCAUUAACAGGAUAUUGAGGGGAAAGGGGUCCUGGUGUAUUUGAAUGUAAAUUCCAUCUCAGAAGCAGGCCCUCCGCUGUGUUGUUUUUCUGUCUUAAGGUGCUUCCAUUCUGUCUGCAUUGUUUUCCUCCCCCUGAGGCGUUUGCUUUCUCCCUGCAAAAUGGUAGUGAAAUCUCAAGGUUCCCAUUCCUUGCAGGCAACAUUAUCCCAAGCCUAGCAGCAGAUGAUGCUUCCUCGCUCAUCCCUUAACCCGUUUGCUGCCAUUAAAAAGCAUUUUGGUGAACUGGGUUGCGGGGAUGGGCGUCUUCCUGCCAACACUUUCAGCUUGGAAGGGAGAAAGGAACGGUUUAAGGAACUGACCCUUUUCCAAAUUCUUUGGCAUUUGUUGCAUUUGAUUUGCACCCCAAGGGCUCUUUUGUGCCUUCUGGAUGGCACUGAACUCUCUCCCUUCACAUCCCGUGAAUUGCUUUUCCUUCGGACUCGACACAGCAUUUAAAAAAUGGGGGGGGGGGGGGGCUGCUCCAGAAAAGAAUAGCUGAGCCAUACAUAGAACUUUAUAAUCCCCUUGUCUCCAGAAUAAUAGUGUCCUUACAGUGCUGCUCUCUCACUGCGGGCAGUGGGAUUCGAUCCGGUCACGACGGAUUCCCAUUCCUCUGCCUUUCCCCCAUUGUUAUGUGGCCUUUGGGAUUCCUUCCUUCCUUCCUUCCUUCCUUCCUUCCUUCCUUCCUUCCUUCCUUCCUUCCUUCCUUCCUUCCUUCCUUCCUUCCUUCCUAGGGAAACACCUGUCAGUUUGGUGGGUUCAUUAUCUGACCGUGCCAUUUCACCCAACAAGAAGCGUCACCAUUUUAGGAGCUGAAAAUCGAGGAGCCAAAUCAACAAAGUUAGUUGUGAAGCCAUUGGGACACUUGGGGGUGGGAAAGAUGGAGAGGGGAUUGUGAUCAAGAAAAAUGGCACAUCUUUCCACCUUUUAGCUGUAUUAUACAUAUAUAUGUAUGUAUACUUUCUUUCCCCCACGAUCUGACACAUUGUAAUAUUUAUAUCCGUAUAUUUUAUAUCUAUCUAUAUCUCAAACUUAUUUUGUAGUCAGCUCUCUCUCUCAGGGGGAGGGGGUGGGCUGGGUUUAAUUUGUAAUCUUGUACAAGCCACUUACACACGUUAUAAACAUUAUAUAUCUAUAUAUCAUUUACUGUCCUUGCUGUCCUAGGUCAGUGUCUUUUCUUUCAGUAUCUCUUUUCACUGUUGUUCCUGAUCGUUUCUGUGUCUGUUCUGCCGCAAAGUCCCUUGGGUUAAGUGCUUACCCCUCCCUCCUCCUCAUACUCACUUGAAACAAGUAAUUUGGAUUAAUUUUAAGGUUUGUAGUUCUAUUUCUCUGUGGGAAAGGGGGGCACAGGUGUGAUGCUCUCUGUUCGAGCUGGCUUUUUCUAUCCCUUCUUUCCAAACCAGCAGGUCCAGAGCAUUGCAAGAGAAGCAGGACUUUUGUAAAUAUUGGCUUUCUUAAAUCUGUAACUCCAGGCCUUGGUUGUGUUGAAUGGAGUGAAAUGAGACUUUCUCUAUAUAUUUUUUGUAAUCUGGACAAUUUCUUGAGGGGGGAAAAGAACCCCCCUUCCUCCUUUCAUUCUGGUUUGUGGAUUAUUACUUGUUUAUUUCUUUUCUGUUUCAUUUUGUAUCCUUGAAAUAAAAAGUAUUCAAUGUUUAA